AUGGAGAACACAAUGUUUUUAUUAACAAUAUUAUUCCUAAUUGUCUGCGUUUCAAAACUAUAGUUAUCAAAAAUACGAUUUUCAAGGAGAUCAGUUUCUAACUUAUGGAAAACCAUUUUGAAACUCCCUUAACUUGCCAUUUGAAGACUUGAAGCGCAAACCUAAUUUCCUGGUUAUUUAAUUGGAAUUGUAAACGAUGGAUGACCAGGGAAGGAAGAUAUUAGUAUGCGACAAUGGCACUGGGUUUGUAAAAUGUGGAUAUGCUGGUACAAAUUUUCCUUCAUUUAUAUUCCCUUCAAUGGUAGGAAGGCCUAUGCUGCGUUCUUCUGCUAAAGUUGGUGACAUUGAAAUUAAAGAUCUUAUGGUUGGAGAUGAAGCUAGUCAAUUGCGCUCUAUGUUAGAAUGCAGUUAUCCAAUGGAUAAUGGAAUGGUUAGAAACUGGGAUGAUAUGUUACAUGUUUGGGAUUAUACUUUUGGAGAAACUAAACUGAAUGUUAAUCCUCGUGAAUGCAAAGUAUUGUUAACUGAACCUCCACUUAAUCCAAGUAAAAAUAGGGAAAAGAUGGUAGAAAUUAUGUUUGAAAAAUAUGGAUUUGAUGGUGUUUAUAUAGCUAUUCAAGCAGUUUUAACUUUAUAUGCUCAAGGACUUCUUACUGGUGUUGUUAUUGACUCUGGUGAUGGGGUCACACACAUAUGUCCUGUAUAUGAAGGCUUUGCUCUACCUCACUUGACUCGUAGAUUAGAUAUUGCAGGCCGUGACAUUACUAAAUAUCUUAUUAAGUUAUUAUUGCUCAGGGGGUAUGCUUUUAAUCACACUGCUGAUUUUGAAACAGUGCGCAUGAUGAAGGAAAAGCUUUGUUAUGUUGGCUAUGAUAUUAUGCAGGAACAAAAGUUGGCUUUGGAAACUACAUUUUUAGUAGAACAAUAUACGUUGCCCGAUGGUCGAGUAGUUCGUAUGAGUGGAGAACGAUUUGAGGCACCAGAAGCUCUAUUUCAACCACAUCUUAUCAAUGUGGAGGGCGUUGGAGUAGCAGAACUCUUGUUUAACACCAUUCAAGCGGCUGAUAUAGAUACAAGACCUGAAUUCUAUAAGCACAUUGUGUUGUCAGGAGGUUCAACUAUGUAUCCUGGAUUACCAAGUAGGCUUGAACGCGAAAUCAAACAAUUAUACUUAGAGAGAGUGUUAAAAGGGGACGCUGGAAGAUUAUCGAAAUUUAAAAUCCGUAUUGAAGACCCACCUCGCAGAAAACACAUGGUAUAUUUAGGUGGCGCCGUUUUGGCUGAUAUAAUGAAAAAUAAAGAAGAGUUUUGGAUGACUCGAAAAGAGUACGAAGAGAAAGGAUUGAAGGUUCUCUCCAAGUUAGGUGUUGCCCCGAAAUAAUUUUUUCAGAUACUUUUAUAAACAUUUUAAAUGAAAAAUAUUUCUACAGCCUUUUUUUCCUUUUUUUUUUUUUUUAAUUUCAUUGUUAUUAUUUUUUCUAAUAACUUAAAAACUCAAAACGGUUUUUUUUUUCUAAUAAUUAAUAUUUGCAUUGACAUUAAAUUGGAUUUUAUACUUAAGAAUAACUUUUUUUUUUUCAUAUAUUGGCUGGGUGGGGAGGGGCUCUACUUAACUUUUUUAUGUUGUUGUAUAUAGUUGUAGGGAGAUAAAUAAUUUUUCAUAGUUUUUCUUUGUUUAAACUGAUUAAACGUGUUCAAAAGUCUA